AUGGCCCUUCAGCCCUCCUUCCGCGCCUGCAUCGUCGCCGGGUCACCCGCCGCGCCACACACCCUUGACAUCUUCCUUGACUAUGUUUGCCCGUUCAGCGGUAAGAUGACGCGUGCCAUCGACUCCGUCCUCAAGCCCCUGCUCGAUGCCGGAGGUCAAUACGAGGGCAAGGUGAAGGUCAUCUUCAGAAACCAGGUCCAGCCAUGGCACGCAUCCUCUACGUUCGUUCAUGAAGCUGGGGUAGCGGUCGCCAUGGUCGCUCCUCAGAAGUUCUGGCCUUUCACUGUUCUCCUCAUGAACAGACAAGAGGAGUUCUACGACAUCCCAUCCUCGAAGCUAACCCCUCUUCAGAUCCGAGAGCAACUGGCGGAUGUUGCUAGCAAGUCCGGUCUGGAUGACGGCGAGCUCAAGGCUUUCAAGGAUGCUCUUGUGCUUAAGAGCACGCCGAACGGCGGCACUAGUGUCACCGACGCUUUGAAGUAUACCGUGAAAUUCGCCCGUCAGAACAGCAUCCAUGUGUCCCCGACCGUUCUCUGGGACGGGCUGGUCGCAAACGAGAUCUCUUCGUCAUGGGGCGAGAAGGAAUGGUCAGAGUUUCUUGCUGCGAAGGUCACUGUUUGA